CGUAAGGGGCGUCUACUGUUACAGGAAUAACAACUCUGUCGCUUAUAUCCCCGAACAAGGAUAUUUAAUGAAACAAAACACGUAUUUAGCGGCUCAAAAUCAACUGUUGAUGCUGGUUUGCGAUGCUGGAGGAAGGUUGAGCCAGGCCACUCAUGGGGGAAGCUGAAAAUGUCCAAUCCGGUUAAAAAAGUGAGACAAGGAGAAAAACUGCCCCUGAAAUCCAGAGGAAUCCAGAGCAAGCCAUCUCAUGAUCUCAGGAGGCUUCAGUCCCUGCUUGCCAGAAGCAUUCCCAGACAAGAGAUGGCAGCGUUGAGUCACAGUAAAGCACGCAGCAGCGGAGUCAGCAGAUCUCAAGGCCUGCAGCCUCUGAGAGACACGAACAGACAGAGGAGUGAGAGUGACAUCACCAGUGAAGCCUCUGAACUGGAAAAAUUCAGCAUCACCUACAGAGACCAAAGAUGUUUCAGCAGCCACCCACUGCACAAACUCUUCUCUGACAUCCUUGUGUCUUUGGUUAAGAACCGACUCUGCAGUGAAUGGAUCGACUCUGCACAGCCUGAGUCGGUUGUCAGAGUUCUGAUCUGCCUGCGAUUAUUGAUGAGAGAUCCCCACCAUCAGAAAAUCCUCCACCAGCUCCAAGGCAUCAAUUCACUCGCCAGGUAUAUGGAGCAUGUCACUGCCAUGUACAUAUCUUGUGGCGAACAGGCGCUCGCUGUGCAGAAGCUGGUCACAAUGACCUACAUGUUUCAGAAGCUGUCUGCUGUUGGAGAUCAAAAGGUCUGGGUCAUCGAGAGCGGCGCUCACAGGACGCUGGUGAAGCUCCUCUCCACGACAGAUAGCAACGUGCUGCUGGGAGCCCUGCUGGCACUCACCACUUUGGCUGACAGCCCAGAAUGCAAGGAGGAGAUUGGAGAGUUACCCAUAGUGGAGAACCUGCUUGUAAUCCUGCAGGAGUACGACCUGCUGUCAAAGAGGAUGAGUGCGGAGCUGCUGAGGCUCCUGUCCCCGGUGAGGCGGGUGAGGGACCAGGUGCGGGAGCUGGAGGGUCUGCCGGUGCUGCUCAGCCUGCUGUACGGCCAGCACCUGAAGCUGCUGUGGAGCGUUGCCUGGGUCCUGGUGCAGCUCUGCGAGGAUCCCGACACCAGGACGGAGAUCAGGAGCUGGGGCGGGGUGCAGCAACUUCUCCGGCUGCUAAACAGCAACAGGCAGUAUGUCUCUGACCGCUCAUCCAUCGAGACGCUCUCCAGCGCCAACGCAGCCGGCCGCAUCCAGAGAGAGCACAUGAGAGAGGAGCUCAGCCCGCAGGAGGAGGUGGACAACACUAUGGCCCUGCAGUCAGCCUGCUGUACAGUUCUGACUGAGCUUAGUCUGGAUGACACAUCUGCUCACCACAUUGUGCAGGAAAAUGGGGUCUAUGUAAUAGCCAAACUGAUUUUACCACAAAACUCUGGACCAAAGGUCACAUCUUUACAGUGCUAUGCGUUUCGGACCCUCCGCUUUCUCUUCAGCAUGGAAAGAAACAGGCAUCUGUUUAAGAGACUCUUUCCCACAGACCUCUUUGAGUUGUUUAUUGAUGUUGGACAUUAUGUUCGGGACCUCACGGCCUACGAGGGACUGCAGACCAAAGUUUCACUCUACACUGAAGAGGAACUGGACAGUCUGAGAGAGAGCAUCGAGACUGUGGACCAGAACCGACCCCCACUUAAAGUCAUCAACGGUUACUCCAUACUGGACCAUCUGGGCACUGGGGCGUUUGGAAGUGUCUUUAAGGUUCGAAAGCAGAGCGGCCAGAACCUCCUGGCUCUGAAGGAAGUGAACCUCCACAACCCGGUGUUUGGCAAAGACAAGAAGUCCAGAGACAGUAACGUGGAGAAAAUCAUCUCUGAGCUCACCAUCAUCAAAGAACAGAUGACGCACCCAAACGUUGUGAAAUAUUACAAGACAUUUUUGGAAGGUGACAAGCUGUACAUCGUGAUGGAGCUGAUCGAGGGCAUGCCACUGGCGGAGCAUUUCAACUCACUGAAGGAGAAGCAGCAGAAGUUCACAGAAGACAGGAUUUGGAAUAUAUUCAUACAGAUGUGUCUGGCACUGAGGUACCUGCACAAGGAGAAGAGAAUAGUCCACCGCGACCUCACACCAAAUAACAUCAUGCUGGGGGAAAAGGACAAAGUCACCAUCACCGACUUCGGCCUCGCAAAGCAGAAACAGGAGAACAGCAAGCUGACGUCAGUGGUCGGCACCAUCCUUUACUCCUGUCCAGAGGUGGUGAAAAAUGAGCCGUAUGGAGAGAAAGCUGACGUCUGGGCUUUGGGCUGCAUCCUCUACCAGAUGGCCACUUUACAGCCUCCGUUCUACAGCAGUAACAUGCUGUCGCUGGCCAGCAAGAUUGUCGAGGCCGCGUACGAGCCGAUUGAAGAAGGAGCUUACUCAGACAGAGUCACAGACAUGAUCAGAUGGUGUUUGAGUCCAGAUGCAGACCAACGGCCGGACAUUGUGGCCGUCAGCACCAGGAUCUCUGACCUCAUGAUGAGGCUGAUGGACGGCCUCUACACUUACCAGAAUGCACUGGAAAGGAGAGCAGAGAGAGACAGGAAGCGAGCGCAGAAGUACUUCCUGGAGAGGCACAAAUGCAGGAUGGACUGCUGUCGCUCAAACCUGUCUCAGGAAAAACCCUUCGUGAAUACUGAGUGUCCGACUCCACGCUCUUCUGCAGCCUGCAGCUCAAACCACAGCGAACAGAGCAUCAGUCAAGGAUUUAAGCCCAGCACCUGUGUUACACUGGACCAAAUUCAAUCUGGUGGGGAUUUUGCUGCUGCAAAGAUUAAACCAAGACCAGUGUCAGCGGGGAUUUGCGUCUCCCAGAAGAAGGUUCGGCAGAUUGAUGAUCCCAUUCAGAGGCUCCUGGUGCAGCUGCACAAAAUUAUUUACAUCACUCAGCUUCCACCUGCUCCGCACCACAACAUCAAACGACGGAUCACUGAAAGAUUUAAAAAGUCUUUAUUCCACUUUGGGAGCGAUCCGUACAACCUGAAAGUGGAGCUCAGUAAGCUCCUCCAGGCCUCUCCAGACCUGAUGGAGUUAGACUCGGCUAGUUCUGACUGGUGGCCCCUGGUCCACCAUUUCACAGAGGAGCCUGACAACACAGGUGAUGGGAAUCUCAAAGAUGGAGUCACCUAUCAGCAGAUGCAGGGGAUCAUAGAGGAGCUGCUGGAGGAGAACAGCUACUAUGAGGCAACACACAGCAGGAUCACAGAGAAAAGAAACGGCCAUGAAAACAAGUGACCAUCGUCCAUAUUCAUCCUCAGGUGUCACAGAAGCAGCCGGAAAACAAAAGACCAAAAAUUUAUUCCAGCAUGGAAACAUUUGAAGCAACCUGAGCUCAUAAAAAAGUCAACAUGUGACUUGAUAAGGCUGCUGUAAAAUAUUACCAAGGCUGAAACCACUCCAGGGCUGCAACUACUAAUUAUCGUCAUCAUUUUCUGAAUAAAAACAAUUAAUAGUUUGGUUUAUAAAAUGGCAGAAAGCAGUGAAAAAUGUCAACAAUUUCUAAAAGCCUAACAUAUCAAAUCUUGUUUGAACUGUGAAGCAAAAUCCAAAGAUAUCGAUCGUUGCAGCUCUACACCAAACACCUCUGUGGUUCUCAGGCAUUGAUUAUUUGUCCAUAUUUGAUGUGACUAUGUAAAUCUCCAAAGAUAAUUUAACAUAUUUACACCGUCUUGUUCAUGCAUGUGCUUGUGAUGAAGUUGGAAGCAGAUUUAUAUUUAUUUCUGUCACUCGUACCAAAGUGAACCGUCCUGUAACCGACUGAACCUCCGACACUUUCCAGAGCUUUUUAUCUGCCUGUCUGAAGCUUCCUGUUUAGUUUUUUCAGGUUUAUUUGAGUCGAGCACUUUUAAAUUCUCAGGACCAGAAUCUGCGGUUUGACUGUUUUAAGUCCUCGCUGCAGGACUGCACAUCACAAGAUGUGUUUCUAUUGGCUGCGAGCCAAAAGCUGCAGAGACAAAGAUCUGAUAAGAAACCAAACCUUCACCUCGGUUCACCAUCAAUUUCCAAACAUAUCACAACAUGUGACUGCAGCGUUGGCGGACAGUUAGACUUUUAACUUUAUUAACAUGCACUCAGAUAAUGCUGUUAUCAUUUUCAAUAAGAUUAACAUCUGACACAUACUGUCUGUCUGUAAUUCACUGAAUGUUUUCGUUGUCAUUUUGAGGAGUUGAUCGCAGCUGGAGGGACGCUUUCUAAUGCACUUUGAUCCAAAAG